AUGCUUUACAGUUUACAGAAAACACUGAAGACUAUUGAAGCGUCUGAAAAAAGAAAAAGCCUUCUGAAAAUUCUUGAAGAAAGAAAGGCAAGAAAGAGAGAAGCCCCACUUUUUGAAACAGACCCCCCCAAAAAGAGAGAGGAGUUUUCUGACAGUGAAGACGAAGAUGAUGGAGGAGUUGUACCUCAAAAAACAUAUGAGGAUUUGCAAAGAAAAUACCGAUACAUAAAGAAACAAAAGCAAGACUUACAGGAGGAGCUGGAAGAAUUCAAACAUAAAUUAGCUGAAUUAGAAAAGAAGAAAGAGGAUCUGGUUGCAGAGCUGGCUACAUACAAAAGCCUUAACAUUACACUGCAGCAGAACUUAAAUGAAGUGCUACAAAGAGCCUUCUCAAAAACAGGUCCAUCUCUUCUUAACAGACUUUCUGCACCUUUUGAGAGCACACCUGACGGAAGAUCAGAUGAGCUGCCCAAUAGUUCAGAGGGCAACAACCCACCUCUGAAUAAAAACACCUCUGAAUCACCUCUGAGCCUUUAUGAAAUAAAGGAUGGCAAGAUCCAUGUAGGAGACAAUAUUUGGAUUAGAGAAGAGGUGUGGAGGAAAAUUACGUCAACCACAAAGGAUUCUCUCUUCGUAAAAGAGAUGGCUGUGGCAUUGUGGGGGACAGCCACUUUACAAAGAAGAAGUGUGUCAGGAAAGGAGUGUCCCACAAACAGAAAUUCACAAAAGCCUCCCCUGACACCCUACAAGUUGCAAGUUUUGAGAGUCUGUUUCAGUGACUGGCUGAAACAAAAGGAGCCUGAAAGAGGAGAGAGAGAGAAGAGGAAGAAACAAGUGGGGUAUUACAUAUCCCAAAAAAUACAAGACAUCAUAAAAAAAGAAAGGAAAAAUUAA